AUGCAUGACGAUGACCAUGAUGGAAUUGAGAGUCCCAUGUUUCACGUGCCUCGAGAUGUGCAUCUACGGGUGGACCCUCGCGCGGACCGCUGUGUGGUUGAACGGAUCCUAGUCAUCUUGCGGUGGUUCUAUUGUGGGUUGGUUCGUACUCGUGACAGGUCUGCUCGUUGGCCGUUGAUAAUGGCCGUUCGUGUUCGAGUCAUCUUGUGGUGCUUCCAUUGUGGGGAAUGGUACCGUUCGUCCUACGUGCAGCUUCCCAACUCUCAUCAACAACAACAAGCAGUUUGUGCAGCCCCACACUGA